AUGAGGCGCGACCCGGCGCCCGGCUUCUCCAUGCUGCUCUUCGGCGUUUCCCUCGCCUGCUACUCCCCCAGCCUUAAAUCGGUGCAGGAUCAGGCGUACAAGGCGGCGGUGGUGCUGGAGGGCAAGGUGCAGUCCGUGGGCCCCCCCGCCGGCGGCGGCAAUGACAGCCGCGGAGCCGCCGGUCCCGACGGGGGGGUCGUGGUCAAGGUGCUGGACCUGUGGCCCCUCAACAGCGGCGGGCUGCAGCGGGAGCAGCUCAUCAGCGUGGGCUCCAAGGCGCCCUGCUUCAAAGUGAAGCGCAACCACCGCUACAUCUUCUUCCUGGAGCCCACCGAGGAGCCGCUCGUCUUCCGCACCGCCUUCGCCCCGCUCGACACCAGCGGCAAGAAUCUCAAGCGGGACGUGGCGCGGAUCCUCUGCACCGACUGCGCUGUCCCUCCCAAACUGAAAAAACUGAAAAGCCCAAAUGUUCAUGUGGGUGAAAAGAUAUCCCUGAAGUGUGAGGCAACUGCUGGGAACCCUCAGCCCUCCUAUAAGUGGUUCAAAGAUGGCAAGGAGCUGAAGAAGAGCAAGGACAUCCGGAUCAAGUAUGGCAAUGGGAAAAAGAUUUCCAGACUGCAGUUCAACAAGGUGAAGCUGGAAGAUGCUGGGGAGUACAGCUGUGAAGCGGAGAACGUUUUAGGGAAAGACACCGCAAAAGGCAGCCUGAAUGUGAAAAGUGGAACAACGAAAGCUCCACAAGUCUUUCCAGCCUCAGAAACUAAAAUAGUUGUUAUGGAAGAAGAGUUAACCACAACUCUCUCCUCCUGGUCUGGGCACGCCAGGAAGUGCAACGAGACCGCCAAGUCCUACUGUGUGAAUGGGGGGGUGUGCUACUACAUCGAGGGCAUCAACCAGCUCUCUUGCAAGUGUCCAAUCGAAUUCACAGGAGACCGGUGUCAGCAUUUCGCAAUGGUCAGCUUCUCCAAGCAUCUUGGAUUUGAAUUAAAGGAAGCAGAGGAGCUGUACCAGAAGAGAGUUUUAACCAUCACAGGAAUCUGUGUUGCCUUGCUUGUGGUGGGCAUCGUCUGUGUGGUAGCUUACUGUAAAACCAAGAAGCAGAGGAAGCAAAUGCACAACCACCUGCGGCAGAACAUGUGCCCUGCCCACCAGAACAGGAGCCUGGCCAAUGGGCCCAGCCACCCCCGCCUGGAUCCUGAGGAAAUCCAAAUGGCUGAUUACAUCUCCAAGAACGUUUCUGCCACUGAGCACGUCAUCCGGAGGGAAACAGAGACAACCUUCUCGGGCAGCCACUCCUGCUCCCCAUCCCACCACUGCUCCACAGCCACUCCGACCUCCAGCCAGAGACACGAAAGCCACACCUGGAGCUUGGAGCGGACAGAGAGCCUGACUUCAGACUCCCAGUCUGGGAUAAUGCUGUCCUCGGUGGGAACCAGCAAGUGCAACAGCCCUGCCUGCGUGGAGGCACGGGCACGCCGUGGGGCUGCCUUCUGCAUCGAGGACUCGCGGCCGCCAACCAUGCAGUACCGCGACUCCGUGGACUCCCUGCGGGACUCACCGCACAGCGAGAGGUAUGUGUCGGCCCUGACCACACCAGCACGCCUGUCGCCCGUCGACUUCCACUACUCACUGGCCGCGCAGGUGCCCACCUUCGAGAUCACCUCUCCCAACUCGGCGCACGCCGUAUCCCUGCCGCCAGCGGCCCCUAUCAGCUUCCGCGUGGAGGAACAGCAGCCCCUUCUGGGGCGCUACCAGCUCCCCUGCCAGGACGCGCAGCGCUAUGACAGCUACUACCAAAGGAAGACCUACCUGAACGACAGCAUGGGCAGCCUGCCCUCCAGCCCCUUCCGCAUCACAGAGGAUGACGAGUACGAGACAACGCAGGAGUAUGUCACAGUGCUAGAGCAGCCAAAGAAAACAGCCAGCAGCAACAGGCGGUGGAAAAAGUCCAAACUGAACGGGCACAUCCCCCACAGGGCCAGAGCCGUGAGGGACUCCUUCUCCUUCAGCAGCGCCUCUUACAGUGAGUCUGACGAGGAGCUGGUGGCCGAGAGCACCCCAUUCCUCGGCGCUCAGAACACUGAGGUGGCGCACACGGAGUCACCGCCACCACCGCUGCACCGGCCGGGCGAGGGCCGGACUCACUAUGCCUGCCGCAGGCACAGCACCCACGGCGAGGGUGGGAGAGGCGGCCUGGCGCACACCGUGCCCAAACCUGACCCGGACCCUCUCUAA